AAAAAAAAAAAAGUGUUAAAAAAUACUAAAAAGAGUUAUGCAUGAUCAGGAUUUUCUAAAAUUAGAUUACAAUUAGUUAAAUAAAUAGAUUUUGUUAUAAAUGACACAGUCAUAAAAAACUGGUUAGAGCCAAUUAGGUAAAGCUUUUAAUUAAUCUUUUCGAUAAAACUUCCUGAAUCGAAUUCUUUUAAAUUUCCCUUGACAUCUAGCUAGCUUUGGGGUGUUUCAGAGGGGCCCUGAAACAUCCCAAAGAGAGAUAUUAAACUGUUUAUUUGGUUGGUUAAAUUUACAAAAAAAGAGUUCACCUAGAUUUAUUAGGCAAAAUCUGUGAUAAGCCUUUGGUGUGAGUUUCCCAGCCCUGUUUUAUAUUAAAAGUUCAGUCUGAGAUCCUACAAGUGUUUCAGCAAAAUAAAAAGUCUAUGAUCAAUUCUGUUAUGUGAUAUUAGUGUAAAAGUUUGUUUCUGAAGCUUAUCUCAGUAAUCUAUCUUUGGAUGAAGAUCAGAUGCCUGAUGACCUGCAACCAGGACUGAUAAAAGACAAUUUAAGAGACUGUCUCCAACCUGGAUAAAAGGACUUUUUAUCAGGUACUCUUAAUUAGCUCAUGCACAAUAAAACUAAAGAGAAAUUAACUCUUAGAUUAAUUCACACUUCCAGAGGCCCCGACACUGGAUUGGCCUAUAGGAAAGACAGCUGACCUGAUCUCACCUCAAAAUGAUGCUCAAACAGGAAAUACUACAGUACACCAGGAGGAAAAGACAACGACAUCAGAGGUGGACAGCUUGUCCAAGAUGCUGGACCUGAUUCGUAUGAUCGUUUAUAGUGUUCUCUUGACUUCUUAGACCUUUGUGUAUAAAUCAAAUGCUUUUCUAUCAUAGGCCUGAUUCUAUGCCAGUUUUAAAAAUCAAUCCAAUUGUUGGGUUUGUGGCCAAUCACCUGUAUCUCGUUCUGGGUUACUUUGGUAAAUUUCUCUACUACAAGACUCUAACUGGUUGGUCCUGAAAAAAUUUACUUGAAAAAAUUAUAGUCAUAUUCAGGUCACUGUGAUAUUACUAGAUGAGAUCCCCUCACCAGGCCAAUUAAUAAUGCCUCCUCUGACUCUGGCCAUAAAUUUGAGCCUUUUUCUAUUCCUCAAGCUCAAUCAGAGCAAAAAAAAAAAAAAAGUUUUUAGCAAAAGAAAAAAAUCUCCCACAAUUAUAAGGUAAAUUUAUAUAGAUAACACCAGGCUAUGGUAAUUUAGGUUUAAAGUCUCCUCUGUGUUAAAAACAAUUAAAUCAUACUAAAAAUAAUCAGUCUAGUAACACUAGAAAACUGGGCUGUGUGCCUUAUAGAUGGUGGUGCUAAUGUAUAAUUUCUCUGAAAGAUAAACGUUCGUACAGAGUAGACUAAGUCAGAUGACCUGGGAUAUACUGGGCUACAUCUAAUAGAAGCUCAUACGUCUUCCUCGUGACUUCACUAGCACUGCUGGCUGUGUUCUUUGUAUUUCACCUGUUUUACAAAAUUGCCAUUUCUUACAGUGCCAAAUGUGUGACUGAGGCCUCUGAUAACAUAAUAUAUAGUUCCCUAUGAGAUCAAUAAUGAUGGCAGUGUAACUCAAGAUAUGAGAAAAAACAACAAGAGGGAAUGUUUUCCUGGACCAAGAGGCUAGUAAGACAGGUGGUCCAGAGAAUUUUGGAUACUGUUUUAUGGCCUAGUCCAGUAACAGCACAUUGAGUGGCCGGUCAACAAAAUCUUUGCCAAACCUGAGAAUAGACAUUCUCAGCACCAUGGGAUAAAAUGGUCAUGAAAUGCCCCCCUCAAAGUCGUGGUCAAGUUUAUGAACAAAAAGGGGCUCUGCCAACUGAAGAUUGACACUUGCCAUCUACAUCUACAGCGAUUAUAUCAUGGCCACUGGAACUGCUGACUUUCAACGGCCCUGAAAGGAGUUCAGGGUGAAGAUCAAGAAUGAGACACUCGGUGCUCUGGAAAAAACUGGCAGAACAGGCCUUCAGAUAGUUAGAUCUUUUCAAGAGAUUUUAUGAGUCCCAAUUCUUGCAUCUUCUCAUACCUAGAGAAACACUGACAUCAUUAAUGGUGCCAUCUGCUUUGGCUAUUAAAAAUUUUUACAAUUAAAAGUCAAAAUAGAGUACUCAGUGAUGGUUCAGACAUCCUGGGAAAUAACCAGGUGUUACUAUGAGUGUAAUUUCAGAUUAGACUUUGUAUUGCUAAACACUUGUGUUUUCUGAGUCGUGUCAGGCUUAAAUGCCACCAUUCUCAAAACAAUGUCUGCUAGAAGCUAGUAACUUCUACCUUACUUUUUAUAAAACUAAGCAACUGGCCACCUGGCUAAAAGUCUCCCCGAAGUGCCAGGUCCAGACUGGGUUUCAGGCCUAUUCUUCUAAAAAAAAAAAAAAAUAUUUUGUCUAUUAAAACUCCAGUUAUCCCUUCUCCAGCUACUACUAACUGGGUAUGUUACAACAAAAUGGCAGACCAAGGGAUUGAGAUUUUAAUCAUACAAGGCUCAGGUCUAAGACUUGAGCCCCGUUUUGACAAAUAUCACAGUCAUAGUUGCCCUGUUCCCUAAAUUAAAACUGAGCAGGACUCUGUGGGGUGGCAACUCUGGAGUACAGAUCUGCUGUACUGUAAAAUAUAGGCUUUAUUCAGCCUCCUUCACCUUCCCUGAGUUCCAAAGGGUAGAUUCAAACAAUUGCUAAUCAAGAAAGGAAAAAAAUACAAAAACAGAGGGGAAACAAUCAAAUGGUGGUACAGCCUUGAGACGGUCCUGGUUCCUACUCAAAGAAAUAUGUAUAACAAUGUCUUUGAGUUCUUCUACAGAACUGGAGCCCACCCAGGUGAAAGAUGGUAACUUCAGACUAAACACAAGAUUCCUAGAACACAGCUCUGUUGCUUGACCACCAGCCAAUCAUCCCAGCGGUGCCUCCUGUUUCUGGGGACCAGUGAUGACCAUCCUGUUAGGUCUCCUGUUUGGCCCCUGUCUAUUUUAUCUCUGAGCGGCGCCAACAGUUUCAAACUAAGUUGCUGUUAUUAUAAGAGUAAAAGCUGGUUUCAGAUAUAAAACACCCCAACUUUGAUCAGGUAGAGAGAGACUUCUGCUCUGCUAGGCAGGCCUACGCCCAGGCACAGCAGGAAGAAAUUACAGAAGAAACAGAAUUCCGCCCCAAUUCUCAAAAAGCAUCUUGAGUAUGAAGUCUCUCAAGAGAGAGUUAUUAAGAAAAACACACACACUGUCCACCGAAUGUUACUCAGAACUCUAUAUUUGACUGUCUCCACAGAUGAUAUAGUUGACUCUGUAGAAGAUCCAUGAUUGGGUCUUCCAUAGGAACUAGAAGAGGGGGAAAUGUGAAAGAAAAAUUUAAAAGAACUCCAUUUUAGAUACCAUUACAAUUCUGAGAGAGAACCCCUCCCGAGAAGAAGAAGAAAAAAAAAAAACUUCGUCAAACCAAUCAAUCAGAAGGACACGAGUUACCCUCCACCCCUAGGCAAUCUAGCAGGGCGGGAGAAGUCCCUCACCCCACCCCCAUCCCACCAAGACUUCCUGCUUCCCCGGCUGCACAGCAUAAACUAGCCGAUCCCCCUAAGUUUUCCUUCCCGCGCACCGUGGGAAUUAGCCAAUCCCCCUAAGCUUCCCUUCCCGCCGUCCCUGCUAGACAGGAUAAAAAAGACUCGCCGCUUUCACUCGGGGCUCCACCAUUGUGUGAAGAGAGUCCCUGCUCGAGCUUGUAAUAAAGUUCCUCACUGCUUUUGCAUCCUUGCGCGGCUCCUGUUGUGUUUGGGGGAAUUCCGCAAUCCGGGUACAAGAGAGCACCAGGAUGUGAUUAGCAUUAUCAGGUUAGUCUCGAUUCCCCACUACAAAUUGGGAACACAGAAAGUCGAGAAGGAGCUCAGAAAAGGGUGAGGGAAACAGGAAAACGUUUUCUUCUCUUUCCCUGCAGCAGUUGCAGGUUAAACAGCUGCAUGGAUGCCUUUGAAGGUAUUUGCUCAAGAUGCAGAUGUGAGUUUGCAACGUAACAUCCCCAGAGAAGACGCAGAGCAGGAGGAAGAAGAGGAGGAAAUGGCAGCUUCUCAGGGACUGCUGACAUUCCAGGAUGUGACCAUAGAUUUCACUCAAGAGGAGUGGGAAUGCCUGGACCCCGGUCAACGGGAAUUGUACAGGGACGUGAUGUUAGAGAACUACGGGAAUCUGGCCUGCUUGGGUCUUGUGGUCUCUAAGCCAGACCUGGUCACGUUUCUGGAGCAAAUGAAGAAUCCCUGGGAUGUAAGGAGAAUGGAGACAGCCAUACACCCAGCUGUGUCUUCUCACGAUACCCCGGGUUUGAGGAUCCAAAAGCCAGGCUUAGAAGAUUUACUCCCAACAGCAAAGUUAGGAAUAUAUGAAAGAUUUCACCUUGGAAAUUUACAUUUCACCAAAGACUGGGAAUCUAUGAGGGCAUGUAAAGAGCGGAGAGCAUGUUAUGAUGGACACAACCAAGUUGGUACAGUUCCCCAUAAAGUAAACAUUACCGCCAAAAGAAAUCAAGGAUGUGAAUCAAAUAAGGAAAAACCAAUUUCAGAUGACCAAUUUCAGUCAUCAACAUCUGCAGAUAAGUGGAUAUUUGUCAGCAAAGAUCCACAUCAUCUCUUGAAACAUACGUGUACUCUGAAGGGAGAUAUGGGAAAUCUGGAAAGUCAUCUAGUCUCUACUGCAAAUACUCAUUCAAACCUAUACUCUGAGCAUAGGUGUCUAUUAAAUAUACAUUCAAACAUGUCUGGAGACCAGAAACUUAAAAAUGAGGGGGGAAAUUCUCAAUAUAAUCAAUUUGAGGGAUCCUUUAACAAGGGUUUCUUGUUCUUCAACCAACAACUAUUAUCUCCUUGUUCCCAAAUCUGGAAUGUUGAUUAUAAUGGAAGAGACCUUAUUCAACCAUCAUUGUUCAAUACAUAUGGAGGUAUAAUUAGUGUGGAACAACUUUACAAGUGUAACAAAAUGAGGAAUGCCUUAAGGAGGAGCUCUACCCUGAAUAAUUACAAGAGUAUACAUGAUGGAAUGAGAAGCUCUUCAUGCAAUGAAACUGACCAUAAUGUUGAUCAAGAUUCAUAUCUCCUGAAACAACAGGGACAUCAAUUUUCAGACAACAAUUCUGAACAUAAUAAGUGUAGGAAUAUAUUUCAUCAAAGCUCAAAUCUUACUAUUAAUACUUAUAAGAGUAUGGAUAUUGGAGAGAAGACUUAUGAUUGUUAUGAUUAUGGUAAAGUUGUCAACCAGUCUUCAAAACUUAUUCAACAGCAGAAUAUUCAGACUAAGCAGAAACAUUGUAAGUGUAAUACCUGUGGAAAAGUCUUUAGUAACUCACCAAAUCGAAGCAGACAUAGGAAAAUUCAUUCAAGAAGGAAAGAUUUCAGAUGUACAGCAUGUGGCAAAGCCUUUAAUCAGAGUUCAUAUUUAACUGAACAUCACCGAAUCCUUGCUGGGGAGAAACCAUACAAAUGUACAGAAUGUGGCAAAGCAUUUAUCCAUUAUUCACUACUUACUCAACAUCAACGAGUCCAUACUGGGGAGAGACCUUAUAAAUGUACAGCAUGUGGCAAGGCUUUUAAGCAGAGUUCAACUUUGACUCAACAUCAACGAAUCCAUACUGGGGAGAGACCUCAUAAAUGUACAACAUGUGGCAAGGCUUUUAAGGAGAUUUCAACUUUAACUCAACAUCAGCAAAUCCAUACUGGGGAGAGACCUUAUAAAUGUAAAGCAUGUGGCAAGGCUUUUAAGCAGCGUUCAGGUUUAACUGAACAUCACCAAAUCCAUACUGGGGAGAGACCUUAUAAAUGUACAGAAUGUGGCAAAGCCUUUAUCAAUUGUUCACUUCUUUCGCGACAUCAACGAAUCCAUACUGGGGAGAGACGUUAUAAAUGUACUGAAUGUGGCAAAGCCUUUAUGAAUUAUUCACAUCUUACUCGACAUGAACGAAUCCAUACUGGAAAGAGACCUUAUAAAUGUACAGCAUGUGGCAAGGCUUUUAAGGAGAUUUCAACUUUAACUCAACAUCAGCGAAUCCACACUGGGGAGAGACCUUAUAAAUGUACAGCAUGUGGCAAGACUUUUAAGCAGCGUUCAGGUUUAACUGAACAUCACCAAAUCCAUACUGGGGAGAGACCAUAUAAAUGUAUAGAAUGUGGCAAAGCCUUUAUCAAUUGUUCACUUCUUACGCGACAUCAACGAAUCCAUACUGGGGAGAGACCUUACAAAUGUACAGAAUGUGGCAAAGCCUUUAUGUAUUAUUCACAUCUUACUCGACAUGAACGAAUCCACACUGGGAAGAGACCUUAUAAAUGUACAGCAUGUGGCAAGGCUUUUAAGGAGAUUUCAACCUUAACUCAACAUCAGCGAAUCCAUACUGGGGAGAGACCGUAUAAAUGUAAAGCAUGUGGCAAGGCUUUUAAGCAGCGUUCAGCUUUAACUGAACAUAACCGAAUCCAUACUAGGGAGUGACCUUAUAAAUGUACAGCAUGUUGCAAAACCUCUAUCAAUUGUUCACUUCUUUCGCGACAUAAACGAAUCCAUACUGGGGAGAGACCUUAUAAAUGUACAGCAUGUGGCAAGGCUUUUAAGCAGAGUUCAAAUUUAACUCAACAUCAGCGAAUCCAAACUGGGGAAAGACCUUAUAAAUGUACAGACUCUGGCAAAGCCUUUUCCCAGAGUUCAGGUCUUUCUCGAUAUUAGAGAGAUCAUACUGCAGAGAAAUGUUAGAAAUGUAAGGAAUGUGGUAAAGCAUUUCAUCACAAAAACUGCUUAAUCAAACAUCAAAAUAUUGAUGUUGGAGAGAAGACUUAUAAUUGUUAUGAUUAUGGUAAAGUUUUUAACCAGUCUUCAAAACUUAUUCAACAGCAGAUAAUUCAGAGUAAGCAGAAACAUCACAAGUGUAAUACAUGUGGAAAAGUCUUUAGUAACUCACCAAAUCUAAGUAGACAUAGGAAAAUUCAUACAGGAAGGAAACAAUUCAAAUGUCCAGCAUGUGGCCAAACCUUUAAUCAGAGUUCAUAUUUAAUGGAACAUCUGCGAAUCCAUACUGGGGAGAAACCAUAUGAAUGUACAGAAUGUGGCAAAGGCUUUAACUGCUGUUCAUGUGUUACUCAACAUCAGCAAAUUCAUACCAGAGAGAGAACUUAUAAAUGUACAGCAUGUGGGAAGGCUUUUAAGAAGAGUUCAACUUUAACUCAACAUCAGCGAAUCCAUACUGGGGAGAGACCUUACAAAUGUACAGCAUGUGGCAAGGCGUUUAACCAGAUUUCAAGUUUAACUCAACAUCAGCGAACCCAUACUGGGGAGAGACCUUAUAAAUGUACAGCAUGUGGCAAGGCUUUUAAGCAAAGUUCAGCUUUAACUCCACAUCAGCGAAUCCAUACUGGGGAGAGACCAUAUAAAUGUACAGACUGUGGCAAAGCCUUUAUCAAUUAUUCACUUCUUACUCAACAUCAACGAAUCCAUACUGGGGAGACACCUUAUAAAUGUGGAGAAUGUGGCAAAGCCUUUAUCAAUUAUUCACUUCUUACUCGACAUCAACGAAUUCAUACUGGGGAGACACCUUAUAAAUGUACAGCAUGUGGCAAGGCUUUUAACCAGAGUUCAACUUUAACUCAACAUCAACAAAUCCAUACUGGGGAGAGACCUCAUAAAUGUACAGCAUGUGGCAAAGCCUUUAUCCGUUAUUCUUUUCUCACUCGACAUCAACGAAUCCAUACUGGGGAGAGACCUUAUAAAUGUACAGCAUGUGGCAAGGCUUUUAAGCAGAGUUCAAAUUUAACUCAACAUCAGCGAAUCCAUACCGGAGAAAGACCUUAUAAAUGUACAGAAUGUGGCAAAGCCUUUAACCAUUAUUCAAUUCUUACUCAACAUCAACGAAUCCAUACUGGGGAGAGACCUUAUAAAUGUACGGACUGUGGCAAAGCCUUUUCUCAGAGUUCAGGUCUUUCUCGACAUCAGAGAGUUCAUGCUGCAGAGAAAUGUUAGAAAUGUAAGGAAUGUGGCAAAGGCUUCAUCACGAACUCACAUCUUACUCAACAUCAGAGAAUUCAUACUGGAGAAAAACCUUAUAAAUGUAAGGAAAGAGGCAAAGGCUUUAAUCAGAGCUCUCACCUUACUAAACAUCAGAAAACACAUACUGGAGAGAAACUCUAG